AUCGUGAUGAUAAGGCUCAACGUGAUGUGCUCCAUGACACUUCACAUAUCUCCUAUUUCCCAUGCAGCUAUAAGUACCCUCUAGAUGCCGCAAUUAUUCCAUCUGGUCGGAAUGCAGUUCAACCUAUCUCCACCAUGGCAGCGAUGGAGCGCACAUUCCUUCCAGCGAGCAUUUACAACACUCUUCCAAAUAUUCGCCAAGUCUUUGAUGUUCCAGAGGACAACAAACUCGACAUAGCGGAUCUAAAAGAUUUACUCGACAAACAUGGCGUCAGUAAACAAGUACGGAUCAAGCUGAUCCACAUUCACUUCAAACUCAAGGAUGGCGAGGUGUUCGCAGCCCGCGACGUACAAGUUCCCAACAUUGGGCCCGUCAAGAUGAUGUCACCGGUUGUGCCAAAUGAGGGAGCACAGCUCUACGGGUAUCAUUACUUUGUGAAUGAUGACGGCAAGUUGGCAGCGUACGAGUACAUGAGUGCACCUGGCCCUAGCCUCGCCGGCCACGGGGCAUUUCUAGAAGAGUUCUGUCACAUCGUGAAGGGUCGUGGCUUACAGCACAAGCUUGGGUUGUCCCUACGAUCCGGAGAAAACAUGAAGUCCACACGGGAGCUCGAAUUCGCUGCUGCACGGACUUGUAUCGACGUGCCAUACGACGUUGAGUUCCCACGCAGCGAAUAUGUCGCAACGCACGACACUACGACCGAAUUUUCGCGCAUAGACCCAGAAGAACCAGCAACAAGACAUUCCCAUCACAAACAUUGCAGGCAUUGCAAGUAUUCGAAAGCGGCUCGCCUUCCCAGGCCGAUGUCGGGAACAGAGCUGGGUGACGUCAAUCUCGCCGACGAAGAUGAUGAGGGACUCAAUGUCAGCUUUGAUCUGCCGCGCAAAAUUGACCUUGCUGGAAUGCCAGUCGCGCCAUCGUCGGACCUGUUCGGUGUAGUCUCGUAUGUUGCGGACAUAGUAUGUGCGUAGACUAUAUCCUUUGGCCUGAGCUUAGCGUCGCAUGUCGCCAGGUUGCAAUUCGAUCAAUAAAAACUGUUUCCGAAUUGGAUUGUUGAACGUUUCUCACUCUACAACAGACCUUGUUGUAAACAUGCAUUCGGCCCCCCUCUGUAGAAUGCUCCUUAUAGCGAAAACUAUCAAGAUUCUUGAGAGGUGAGAGGUGCCGUUGCAUUCCGAUCGCUGAGAAGUGGGAUCCGAGAAGUGGGAUCAGAGAAGUGGGAUCCGAGUAUGGAGGUCGAGUAUUGAUUCUGUGAAGGCGACCGUUAGGCUCGGCACAAGCAGGGCUAUGACUGACUAUCUCUCCUUAACUCUGAUGUCUGUGACUUAUUGAUGCAACAGACUGUGUCACUCCGGUGAUCAAUAUACCGAAUUCGCGU